UACCCACCUGGAAAUCUUUGCAGAGUGAGACAAUUGUGGAGCAUUUACUCAUUUUCGGUGACCGGGUUCUUGCCCCGAUGCCCUCAAUCCAGAAAGCCAGAGUGGGUUUAAGACCAAAAGGAUUAUGAAAAUCCUUGCUUGUCGUUUUUGUUGCGUUGAAUUUUGUGGAGUUUUCGGAAGUGGGUGAUGUGUUUGUGGGCUGUUAGGUUUCGUUACCAUCAUUUCUGGUAAUGGUUUUGUCGAGGUGUUGUUGAUUUUCGAGAUUAGAGGCAGUGAGAAGUGCGAACAAUGGCGAUGUUUCGUGCAACUUUAGCUCCUGGGUUGCAAGUUUCGAAGCUUUGUCUUGGAACAAUGACUUACGGGGAGCAGAACACUUUCGAGGAUGCAUGUCAGCAGCUCAACAUGGCCACGGAAGAGGGCGUGAAUUUCCUCGACGCAGCGGAAAUGUAUCCAGUUCCACAAAGAGCAGAAACUCAAGGAAGGACUGAAGAGUACGUCGGGCGAUGGCUCAAGCAGUCCCAGGUGCCACGAGACCGUGUGGUGCUGGCAACGAAGGCCACUGGACCGUCAGGACAAAUGACAUGGAUACGCGGAGGGCCUUCAUCACUUGAUGGGCGCAACAUUAAAGAAGCCAUUGAUGGCAGUUUGAAGAGAUUGGGUACUGACUACAUCGAUCUUUACCAGCUUCACUGGCCGGAUAGGUAUGUGCCUAUGUUUGGCGACAGAGAUUAUGACCCAUCGUGUAGUUACUCAUCAGUCAGCAUUGAGGAGCAAUUGCAGGCUCUUGGUGUUGCUGUGAAAGAAGGCAAGAUCAGAAACAUUGGUGUGAGCAACGAAACAGCGUUUGGGGUGAUGGAAUUCUGCCGUCUGGCCGAACAGAACAACUCACUUCCUCGGAUUAUUACCAUCCAGAAUGCAUACAGUCUAUUGUGUCGGACCUUCGACAUGACCCUUGCUGAGUGUUGCAAUCACCAAAGGGUUGGUCUACUUGCAUAUAGUCCUCUAGCAAUGGGGCUUCUUUCUGGAAAAUACCUUUCCGAUUAUGGAGGUUCCUCUCAAUUCCGACUUAAUAAGUACCGAGGACGAUAUGCAGAAGCUGAGUGCCGGUACAGCAUGGCUAAGCCGAAUGUCCUUCCUGCCAUCAAGGCCUAUGUGGAGAUUGCACAACGUCACAAUUUAAGCCCUGUUGCUUUAGCUAUUGGCUUUGUACUAAAGCGUCCACUUGUGACAAGUGUGGUAAUUGGUGCUACAAAGUUGUGGCAGCUGCGCGAAAUUCUUGAUGCAGCUCGCGUUCAUCUUAGUGAAGACAUUUUAGCUGAAAUUGAUCGUGUGCAUGAACGAUAUCCAAAUCCUACACCGUGAUCUAAUGUAUCUAGCGUUGAGUGACUGUAGAUGGUUUCUAGUACGAAGUAGCUAGCGUUUCGUAGGAUACAGCUCCUGUGUAGGCGACAACUGGGACUAUUUCGGAGGUUUUCUAUUCAAGGUACAUUCUUGAAGCAAUAAAAGCAACCUGGACAAUGAGCGUGUAGUAACACACUAUAUUUUCAUCUUGUACAACUUUGGUCUUCCAACCGAGUGUAAUGACAAGAUCUACAACCCAUGUACGGACUCUAAACGCCUAAAUCUCAAGAACACCUAUUAUUGCUA